GUUUGAACAGUAACACUCACAGACACACAUCUAAGGAAGUUGUGCAGUGUGUUAAAGUGAACGUUGUGCAACAGACAGAUUUCUUUCUUCUGGAAUAUCCAGACCCAACCGCAGUACAGAAAUACUCAGCGUGAUGGAGCUGCCACCUCGCCCACAACUGUUUGACUUCCAUGGAGUCUCCAUGACCAACGUCUUCACUGACAAUUGGGACAACGUACAGAACUUCAAAGCAAGACCAGAUGAUAUUCUUAUCGCUACGUACCCUAAAGCAGGAACCACAUGGGUCUCUUACAUCAUAGAUCUUCUGUAUUUUGGGAACAUGAGUCCAGACCGUCAGACAUCCAUCCCUGUUCAUGACAGAGUUCCCUUCCUGGAGCUCUACGUACCUCCUAUGCUUAUAGGUGCAGACCUAGCAGACAAACUUCCCACCACUCCUCGUCUCAUUAAAACUCAUCUACCAGUCCAGUUUGUACCAAAGUCCUUCUGGGAGCAGCGCUGCAAGGUGGUCUAUGUGGCCCGCAAUGCAAAGGACAAUGCAGUGUCCUAUUUCCACUUUGAUCGCAUGAACCUUAUCCAGCCAGAACCAGGAGACUGGAGCAGCUAUCUGCAGGGUUUCAUGGAGGGGAAGAAGGUUUUUGGAUCCUGGUAUGACCAUGUGAACGGCUGGUGGGAGAAGAAGCAAAGUUAUUCCAAUCUCCACUACAUGUUCUAUGAGGAUUUGAUUGAGGACUCUGAACAAGAAAUAGACCGACUGUGUUCCUUCCUUGGUUUGUCUCCAUCACCUGAAGAGAAGGAAAGAAUCAGAGCCAGUGUGACGUUUGACAGCAUGAAACAAAACAAGAUGACCAACUAUACCACAGCUCCAGUGAUGAACCACAAGGUGUCUCCUUUCAUGAGAAAAGGGAAAGUUGGUGACUGGAAGAACCACUUCACUGUGGCCCAGAAUGAGCAGUUUGAUGAAGACUACAAGAAGAAGAUGAAGAAUCCUGAUUUAAAGUUUAAAUUUGAAAUUUAGAGUCCUGGCUGGGCAUGAUGGAGUUCUGAUCUGAUGUGGGUUAAGAAAAAUCAAAUGUUACGCUUGAUUUAUGUAAUUUUCUUCCACUGUGAUGCAGAUGGAUAUAAAUAACAAAAAAUGAAAAACAAUUCAUUGACACUGAGGUUUAACCAGAAUAAUAAAGAAUUUUAAAAAAUCA